AUGGAGGAAGAGAGCAUAAGAGAAAGUAUCCCCCGGAAAGGUAGCUCAUCCAAACUUGAUCGAAGGGCUCUGGAAAGAAAUCGAAGAUUGCACAUGAAAGAUCUCUUUUCCAAGCUUGCUUCCCUGAUUAUUCCUACCUCACGCUGCAAAUCCAAGUUACUGGAUUCAUGCAUGGAUACGCAGUGCCCAUCUCAUGUGUUGGUGAGUGAAGUCAUCACUCAUGUAAAGCAAUUGCAAGAAAGGGUAGAGACGCUGAAGCAAAGGAAGCAGAUACUUGAAGCUACAGAAGAGACUGCAGGUAGCAGUGGCUCAAGUUCGCCGGUGAUCACAGUAAAAGACUUGGGUUUUAUUUUGGAGGCAUGUGUGAUUUGUGGGUUAAAAAAGAAGCUCAUGCUGCAUCAAGUAAUCAAUGUUCUGGUGGAAGAAGCAGCUGAAGUUAUCGCUGUUAGCCACUCCACUGUAGGGGGUAGGAUAUUCUAUACAAUUUAUUUUCAGGCGGUUAGUUCUAGAAUUGGCAUAGAAAUUUCAAGGGUGCAUCAAAGAUUGAAGGAACUGAUUUUGUGA